AAUAUGAUUCUUUGCUUAGCUCUUGCAAUCAACGGUUUGUUUAUUACUCUCCCAAAUUCCCCCAAUUCUGCUUCCAAAAAUCCACGCGAAUUCAUCUCGAAGAGCGAAUCCGUGCGGCCGAAUCCGUUGAUCGAACAAUCCACCUCCUAAUUUGCUGCAGAAAUCGCCUCAGAUCAUUGUCAAUGGCGAAGAAGUCCAGACCUAGCACCUUGUCCGUUUAUCUCUACGUCCCAAACAUAAUCGGUUAUGUGAGGAUUUUAAUGAAUUGCUAUGCUUUCGCGAUAUGCUUUAAGAACAAGUACCUUUUCUCCCUUUUGUAUUUUGUUAGCUUUGUGUGUGAUGCUUUGGAUGGAUGGUUUGCACGCAAAUUGAAUCAAGUUUCGACAUUUGGUGCUGUUCUUGACAUGGUUACAGACAGGAUAAGUACAGCUUGUCUGUUGGUUGUACUCUCCCAAGUUUAUAGGCCUGGGUUGAUUUUCUUGUCAUUGCUUGCUCUAGACAUUGCCAGUCAUUGGUUGCAAAUGUAUAGUACCUUCUUGGUGGGCAAGAGUAGCCAUAAAGAUGUUAAAGAUAGCAGCAGCUGGCUUUUCAGGCUGUACUACAGGAAUAGGAAGUUUAUGGGUUAUUGUUGUGUUUCUUGUGAGGUGCUUUAUAUUAUAUUGUUUCUUCUGGCAAAUAAUCCGACUGAGAACCUUAUUGAAGUUCUAUCAAAUGUUUCAACGCGAAACUGGGUCUACCUGACUUUACUUCCUUUGAGUCUCGUUGGAUGGGCGAUCAAACAACUAAUUAAUAUCAUACAGAUGAAGACAGCUGCAGAUGCGUGUAUACUCUAUGACAUUGCAAAGAAGCAGUAAGGGGGAUGGCCGGCCUUGCUUCGUUUUUUGGUUUGUUUGGUGCAGCGUGUUGAUGAGUAGGGACUGGCAUCAGAAGCUGAUUACGAGAUUGUCAAUGAACUCAAACAAGAUCACGUGUCUCGACUGUACACAACCAUAGGGUCGUGUUUUACAUAUCUUCUCAUGUCUGAAAAUCACAUGUUGAUUCACUUUGUAGAAAUGUAAAAAUUGGUUAGGCCGUUUAUUCAAAUGAAGCACAAAUUUAUUCUUGA